AUGGAAAAAAAUUCAUCCACCUCAAAUGAACACGCUAUUGAUGCAGAAAAUUUAAAAAGUACGCACCGGUGUCAAGAACAUGCCAAUUUGAACAUGCACCAAGAUAUCAACAGGGUCUAUUCUUGCAGCGGCAUGGAAAGCACCGAGCCUCUUGAGGAGGGCUCGUCGUCCGACUGGGAACCGGAAUUAAUUCCUACCGACGAUGGAAAGGCAUUUGAUUUUCACGAGGAGUUUGAGGAAUCUGCUGAAAUUUCGCAAACGGAGCACGAAUCUGUGGAGUAUAUUGGCAAACCGCUACCGAUUCCCUUUGAGGUUGUGCCUGACGAGCUUGAUAUCAUACCCCUGGGAAGCAUUCAAAAUGUCAUUGAUUUCCUUAUUAUUGUGCAACAAGACGCAACGGCGGAUGAUAAAAAUUGUGCCUUAGACUUGGAUAGCUUACUUGCUAUGCAUGGGUCAAAAAUUGUGCUCGGCAGGGUAGUCGAUACGUUUGGCCCAGUUAAGCGGCCCUCGUACGUGGUAAAAGGAAGCGCAAAAAUAUUGGAAAACAUUUCAAAAGAAGAAAUAUCGGCAAUCGGUGCAGUAGGAUAUGUAGCUGAGCAUUCACGCGUGGUUCUUGCGGAAGAAAUUAAAGCUCUUUAUCCCGGGUGUGACGCAUCAAACUUUUACGAUCAAGAAGUUCCCCUGUCCGAGCAAGAAGUAUCUGAUGAUGAAAAAGAAGGCACCAAAAGGCAGCAUCAAAAGAACAAAAGACGGCCAAGUAACUGUAAAGAGGAAGAGAAAAUUAAUAUUCCAUCGCCAUCGGAAACGCCUUCUUUUGAUUCAUACUUAUCAUCGAUUAUAAACCGCGAAUACGAGCCUCUAGAAAGGCCGUCAAAAUCCUACCAGUGA